GUCGCCUACUGACGUAAUACGCACUUCACCAUGGGCUCGCCAGACAAGCGCGACAGUGAAGUGAACUUGUGGGUAAAAUACACGAUCUUCUUCUUCAACUUCUUCUUCUGGCUCGCUGGCGGCGCUCUACUUGGUAUUGGUAUCUGGGCCCGCCAUGAGAAAGGCAUUGAAGCGUUUGGCAACCUUUUUACGGAUCCUGCUGCUUUGUUUAUUUUUCUUGGAUGCGUCAUGUUCAUUCUUGGAUUUUUUGGUUGUGUGGGAGCUCUCAGAGAGAAUGUCUUUCUGUUGCGCGUCUUCAUGUGGUCGUUGAUAGUGCUGUUUGUGUUUCAAGUCGGUGGCAGUAUCUCGGCGUUCGUAUUUAGGGAUAAAGUGAAGGAGGAAGUAGAGGACAAGGUGGAGGAGAUGAUGAUGAAGUACAGGGAUGAUGCUGACCUAGCUAAUCUGAUUGACUUUAUCCAAGAGAAGUUUGAGUGUUGUGGGCAGAUGGGAGCAGAAGAUUGGGGACAAUUUAAUAAGUAUUUUAACUGUUCAAGUGGUAAGUCUAUUGUAGAGCUGCCAGAGUCAUGUGGAGUGCCUUUUUCAUGCUGUAAGACAUCUGACGAGAGAGUGAACACUCAGUGCGGAUAUGGUCUUUUGGAGACUCCACACCGCAUUGCACCUUCACAGGUGAUUUGGACGCGGGGUUGUGUAGAUGCGCUCAUAGAUUGGGCAAAGAAGAACUUAAUCGCUAUUGGUGUGUCUGUGUUGGUUAUUGCUAUUAUUGAGAUCUUGGGAAUUGCCCUUUCAGGAUCACUGAUAACACAGAUUGGCAAGCAAGCUGGUUACAUAUGACCAAUUUUUGUGAUAUAUUGAUCAUGAUGAGGGAGACACAGCAAGUGUUGAGAGAAGAUGGGACGUAAAAAGUAGACAUUCGUUUAGUUUUGUUUUUGUCAAUUAGUGGUGAUGCCAUGGAAUGUGAAAUUAAUUGACAUAAUUGUAGUUGUACACUGUGUAGUCAUGAUUUGCUCGAGAGCUAG